AUGUCCGACGAACAGAUCUCCCGCUACCUGCAGCAGACGCACGACCGUGUGUUCGAGCACAACACCAAGUGGGCGGCCGAGAAGAAGGCCCAGGACCCGGAGUUCUUCUCCAAGCUCAGCGCGGGCCAGAAGCCCGAGUACCUGUGGAUAGGCUGCAGCGACUCGCGCAUCCCCGCCGAGCAGAUCACGGGCCUCGAGCCCGGCGAGGCCUUCGUGCACCGCAACAUCGCCAACCUGGUGUGCAACAUCGACCUCAACGUCGCCUCGGUGCUCAACUACGCCGUCGAGCACCUCGAGGUCAAGCACAUCGUCGUCUGCGGCCACUACGGCUGCGGCGGCGUCAAGGCCGCCAUGACCCCCAAGGACCUCGGCAUCCUCAACCCCUGGCUUAGGAACAUCAGGGACGUCUACCGGCUGCACGAGCACGAGCUGGACGCCAUCAAGGACGAGGACGCCCGCUACGACCGCCUCGUCGAGCUCAACGUCAUCGAGCAGUGCCGCAACGUCGUCAAGUCCGCCGCCGUCCAGAAGUCCUACGCCAAGAACCACUUCCCCAUCGUCCACGGCUGGGUCUUUGGCUUCAAGGACGGUCUGCUUAAGGAUCUCAAGUUCGACUUCGCCGCUGCCCUGGCUGACAUCCAGAAGAUCUACAAGCUGGCGGAGUAA